AUGUUCAUAAUCAUUCACACCCCAUCCCAGCUUGAGGCUAGCAGCGCUCCGUCUCCAAAAUUUCAUCUCGUAACAAGGACGCAAAACCUACAAAAUUAUAUCUUUCAAAAAAUUUCAGAUCCCGCACAACCAUUCGGCCUUCAUCGUAAUCCUCCUCAUCACUUUAUAUUGCGACUUAGAGAUUUUCCACCCAACAUCCAAGACAUAGUUAUUGUUGCAUCCACUGCCUCCACAGAUAUUGGGCUUUUGACUAGAUGCAAGACACCCUUAACUAACGAAAAGCCGGCUGCAGAAAUAACGGGUGUAUUUACUAUGACUGAAAUGUGUGAUGACGCUCGCCGAGCUCAGCUUCCUCUUUCUGCAGAGCUUAGUGACACUUCUCCAAUUGGUGUAUCACUUGAUCUGUCGAGUAAAGAUAUGGUCCCAAAACCUAUACCAGGUGAUGAAAUUGACGAAUCAUUCACACCUUUACCAGCACUUAUGGUACUCAACAACGAGGGCGUGUUAGCUUCAUGGUGGAUAGUCUACUCUGAUUCAGUAAAAAAUCGCACUGUCUACCCUGGACUUGAUUGCGCAAAAUUAGAUACACGAACCCCGCAUAAAUCAAUCGAACCCUCUUCUAGCUCUAGCUUUGUGCUGCCCACGGUAAAUUCUGCCUCUUGUUUUCCUUCCACGCAUCAAACUGGAGGUCAAUUUGGAAGCCCAACAGCCCUCGCUCAGUCUAAAUCACCUUGGAUAAUAUCGUCUGCUGCCAAUGGUUUUCAAGGUACUAACCCAAGUUUUGGAUUACCUAAUAUUGGCUCUAGUUUCACGUCAACACAUAUACCUGCCUUCGGAAAACCGGCGUUCGAAGCUCCAUCCUUUGGCAAGCCUGCGUUCGGGGCUACUAGUGAAUCUUCUACAGCUUUUAAUUCCACGUCAACACAAGCACCUGCAUUUGGAAAACCAGCGUUUGGAGCGCCAUCCUUUGGUACGCCUGCAUUUGGGGCUACUAGUGAAUCUUCCACAGCUCUUAAUUCCACGUCAACGCAAGCACCUGCAUUUGGAAAACCAGCGUUUGGAGCGCCAUCCUUUGGUACGCCUGCAUUUGGGGCUACUAGUGAAUCUUCCACAGCUCUUAAUUCCACGUCAACGCAAGCACCUGCAUUUGGAAAACCAGUGUUUGGAGCGCCAUCCUUUGGUACGCCUGCAUUUGGGGCUACUAGUGAAUCUUCUACAGCUCUUAAUUCUACAUCAACACAAGCACCUGCAUUUGGAAAACCAGCGUUUGGAGCGCCAUCCUUUGGUACGCCUGCAUUUGGGGCUACUAGUGAAUCUUCUACAGCUCUUAAUUCCACAUCAACACAAGCACCUGCAUUUGGAAAACCAGCGUUUGGAGCGCCAUCCUUUGGUACGCCUGCGUUUGGUACAUCCGCAAUGACUGGAUCUGGAAUCAAAGCUUCUAUAUGGGGUACUAGCGAAAGUAAGAAUCAAUUUAGGGCACCGAGUAAUACGACUGAUCACAAAAUGAAUCCUCCGACAGCACAAUUGACUUCAAACAUUUCAAGCUUUGGGCCGUCGCCAACUAGUUGUUUUUUACCACACGAGUCAAAAACUAGUCCUUUAGGAAGUGGAUUAGAUACAACUAGCAAUCAAACUAAGAAUCAAGAAUCUAAUUUGUCAAAUUCUGGUCAGCUUAAAAAUCCAGGUAAUAUGGAACUCACUAGCCAGUGUAGUCUUGAGGGGUUUGUGCUUGGAACCACUUUCAAGGCUGAUCCUGCUUCCAAAGAUGAUCUAGAUAGAACACUGUCAAGUAACUCAACUGAUUUAUUUGGUAAUGAUUUUCGGGACUGCUUGACUAGUUCUAUUGAUAAUAGGGUCGAAAUAGCUCUUGGAUUAAGGGAAUCCCCAGAAACAGUCGAUAAGAUAGCAGGAAAAAAAAUCAAGGAAGCUGGAGCUGAACCAAUGACACCAAGCACAAUUCGAAAGACUGUCAGAAGUCAAUCUACCGUUUUCGAAGAAAAUCCACAAGCUACAGUAUACUCUACGCCCUUAAGCAAAAGUAUUAGAUCACCUGAAAUCGGAGUUACAUCAUCGAAAAAAAAUGAAUUAUCAAACAUAUCUCCUGAAUCAAAUAAUAGUGACUCUCAGCAGUUGUAUCAAAAGGCUCAAGCCCAGGAUACUUAUCUAAAUAGCACAAAAAGCAAAAAGUUUCGUAAAGAUCAAAAUGAUGAAUGUCUUAACCUCGACCAUAAAGACUUUAAUUUUAACUCGCCACCCCAGCCUUCAGGUAAAUCACGUACCCCAGAUGAUUUAACUGAGAGUCUGAGCAUAGAAGCACCUUUACCUCCAGACUUUGUUAGUAAGAAUGCGAAGUCUUCCAUUUUAAUGAGGUCCCCUCAAAGAACUUUAUCUGAGCACAAAAGUUCUGUGACAAAUGCAUAUUCUUCAUCAGACUACCCGAGUAAUUGUGUGGAUAUAACUGAUAAGACUGGAGUAAUUAACCAAAGUCAUGAUCAAAUAUCCCUUCCGAUUACUCCAAAAACUAAGGUGGAACGACCAGAUAGAGACUCUAACUCUAAAGCCAAUACUUUGACUCCCAAUACUUCAGGAAAAAAACUGGAUUCGGGGUUUAACUCGCCGAAUAAUCUUUUAACCAGACCCGAGGAGGAGGAUUUCUUUGAAUUUUCAAGUAACGACGAUGAAGAUGACCCCGAUGACGGUGAUAUAGAAACAGACGAGGGAAGCCAAGAAGAGAGCGGAGACUACUUUGAAAACGACCUAAGCCCUAGCCCAGACAUGAAUCAGACUGAUGGACUCAGCUUAGAAAGCUCAUACGGAAUAAUCAAAAAUAUUUCAACAGAAAGUGACACAGAGGUUAAACUUCUUUUCGGAGAAAUCGAACUCCACCCCUCUGUAACUCAAACAAGCCCUCGCUCUCCAAGUCUAGGUCAAAAACCUGACAUCGCAAGAAGAAUUCGCUCUAACACUUCAAGGUCUGUAAGUGCUCCCAGCGCUGCGCCAAGAUUAGUUGAUCCUAGAAAACAGGCAAGUAGAUCACUUUGUCAACGUCAGAUUCCAUCAUAUAGUCUAUCUCUCGAAGAGCAACAAGCUGAAGAGAAGCGACGUAGUGAAGAGAGGGCACAGAAAGAAGCCGAAGAUAAACAGGCUUUAAUAGAUCAAGAUGAUAUAAUUAUGCAAAAAUUUCUUGCCUCACGCCUUGAGCCGACGACACAACUAUGUGAAUUUAUUGCCCAUUCGGAUUAUGUUAGCACAAGUUCAAUGGACAAUAUUCCAGCGCAAGUAGAAACUGUCUAUAGAGAUAUCAAUUCUAUGAUAGAUACCUUGGGGCUUAACAUUAGAUCUAUGAAAGAGUUUGUUUUAGGCCACUUAAAGGGGUUUGAAAGAAGGUACACGCGUGAAGAUAUGAAAGAUGAAUCGAACUGGGUAAUUUCAAAAAUACAAGAUUUAUCAUUCAUAAUAGAUCGGGUAUUAGCUCAAGAGCUUGAAAAUGGCCGGCUCAAGAACGUGUCUGAAAAGGUCGAAACUCUGAGUGAACUCCAAAAAGAUCUAGCGAGACUUCGUGUGAAACAAAGCGAGAUCAAGAGAUCACUAACAACUCACUUAGACCCAGAGCAACUUGCCAUUGCUCGGAUACAGCCUCUCGGUGCAAAGUCAGCCGCUCAGCAAUAUAACCUUCGAAAGAACUUUACGAACUUCCAAAAACUCUUGGCACAAUCUGAGGAGGAAUUGGCUGUUCUCAGGGCUAAGAUGGUUGCAAAAGGUUCUAGAUCUCAAGACGGUAGCUCCACGGGGCCCACAGUAGAGGCAAUCAUGCGAACUAUAAAUAAAAUGACAAAUAUGGCAGAAAAAAGAAGCGUUGAUGUUGAUGUACUCGAAGGUCAGAUUCGGAGACUUCAGCUUGAUUCACCUAUCAGAACUCGAAGUCGUAACUCUCUCCUAACAUAUAUGAACCUCACAGAAUCUCAGCAAGUUCCAGGCGUCUUUACAUCUCAUGAGACAAACCACGCGCCAAAAUCUAUGGAAGGCUCUCCAUUUAGGAGCUCGUUGAUAUCUUCAUUUAUUUCUGUGAACGAAGUCUCGCAGUCUCAUCGGAGGUUGAACAGCUUCACUUCUGAAGAAAAAGCAGAAAUUCGAUCGAAGCUAUGUCGUAGGAAAGAAGUAGCUAGUAAGCUCAGACAGUCUUUACGAAACGCUGGAUUAAACGUCCGUCCUUUAGACUUUGGUAAAUAA